AUGUCAUCAACUUUGACGAUCCUCCUUCCGUCGUUACUAGCAUUGCUGCACUACCAUAUCGGAAUCACGGAGGCGCAGCUCGACAUCGGCGUGAACUACGGAAUGGCUGGGGACUCUCUCCCCUCGCCGGCCACGGUGGUCCAACUCUUCAAGAAGUACCGCAUCCAAAAAGUGCGACUUUUGGAGCCGAACUCGGACGUGCUCGAGGCGCUUGAGGACAGCGGAAUAGACGUCACGCUAGGCAUAAAAAACGAAGACUUACCAUCCAUAGCAUCGAAUGCCACAGCGGCCGAGAGAUGGUUCAACAACCAUGUGGAACCCUACAUCCCAGUCAUCAAUUUUCAGUAUAUUACAGCGGGUAACGAAGUCGUUCCCGGAGAUUUGGCUCAAUAUGUAUUACCGGCUAUGCAAAAUAUACAAAAUAUUAUAAAUUCGUAUGAAUAUGAUGGAUUGAGGGUGUCCACGGUUGUUGGGACUGCUACCUUGGGGAGUUUAGACCCACCCUCAAGCGGUGCAUUCGCCGAUGAAGCUCGAGCCGACAUGGUUGGAAUCAUAAACUUCCUGUCGAACACUAGCUCGCCUUUACUAGUUAAUGUGUAUCCCUAUUUCGCAUUUGCCUCGGAUCCUAAUCACGUGAGAUUAGAUUACGUUCAAUUCACCGCGACCAGUCCAUUGGUUCAAGAUGGCAAAUUGAGCUACUCAAACAUGCUAGACGCGAUCGUGGAUGCUUUCUACUGGGCGAUGGAGAAGGAAGGCGUGAGCUACGUGGACGCGGUGGUUUCCGAGAGCGGUUGGCCGUCGGACGGAGGCGGACUCUGGGCCACUCCGCAGCUUGCAAAAACUUACAAUCAACAUUUUGUGAAGAAGUUUCUUGCCAAGCAAGCAACUCCAAAGAGGCCAGACCGCUACUUGGAAGGAUUCAUCUACACAAUGUUUAAUGAGAACCAAAAACCUUCGGGCGUGGAUCAACAUUGGGGCUUAUUCUAUCCGGAUGGGACGCCGGUUUAUCCUCUAUUUUCAUAG